AUGGGGAACUCACGUGGGACGGGUGUGGUGAGCCCCCAGGCAGCGCCACCUCCACCCCCUCCUCAAGUGCUGUCCUCACCUCAAACCGGAAAGGGAGUUGGGCGGGCGCAGAGCACCACCGAAGAUGCGUCAAAAGAGCAAAAGGAAGGAGAAGCAACUGCGCUUGCCGAAGGUGCCCGAGCGAAUCAGCCGACUGAAAGUUCAAAGCAAUCACCUGCGCACUCUUCUCCCGCUGCUGAGGGCGAAGAUGCCGUCGUCGGCGGGCCGACUCAAGAGGGCACGGUGGGGAAAGCCGCCGCGGAGGCUUCACCGCCUGAGAGCGCGGUGCAACAAAACGCGGUCCAGCGCGACAAUACUCGCGCCUCCACGGCAGUCGCUGGGGAAACUUCAGAAGCGGCACAAGACACUGCCGGUGGCGGGGGAAGUAACAACUCCGGGAGUAACAGCGGCAGCGGCUCCGCGGCGCAGCCGCAGCCGGCGAGUUCCGUGGCGACAACCGAGACUGGUGAUGCACAACAAAAGGAGCUGCCCACUUUCCAAAGCCAAACGGAAAAGAGUGGUGGCAGCAAAGAACAAGCCGCUCAGCCGGCAGCGGGGGUGGCUGCUCAAGCGGCGACCACCACCAACGUGAUGAGUGCAGCGAAGGCGGUGCCCGGCGACAGCGACGGCAGCAGCACCGUGGCCGCGCACUCCGCCUCCCCCGUUGCGCUGCUUCUUCUGCUUGCGUGUGCGGCUGCCGCUGCGGUGCUGGCCGCGUGA